AUGCUAUACUUAAGUAAUGAUUUCCGUUACAACUUCCUGAACCUUUCAUUCAUCGCAAAACUUCACUCGGCCUUUUUCGAAAUGUUCACAGAGCUUGGCAUAACGCAUAUGUUCGACGGAACAAAUAGAUUUAAGCCGAACGAUACGUGGGGACAACCCUACAAAGGUGAACGAGGAAAGGGGAGCCCAUUACGUACCCUCAAUUUUUAUGAAGGUCCUCGGAAAGUCUAUUUUGAGGCGGAGUUAUUUGCAGAUAUUCUUAUUGCUGAAUACUGUCUGCGCGAGAUUGUUCAGCGCGAACAGGCUUUGAAGAGCAAGAUUAUGAUGACAAAAAAGUUAGGGACUUGUGAAGAUCGCCACAAAGGAACGGAAGAUCAGCGAGAGGCGAUAAAGCCACUACGCCGAUACAGCGAGGCUGAGUACAAACUCUAUGUCGCGGAAGGGAAGCUUCCAGUUGGAGCUAUACGCAUUUCAUACGAUUCUCUUCGACAAAAACGAGCUUGGUACCUUCGCCAAGAGCUUGUCAUUGACUGUGCGAGAAGGGGUGGGUGCUGCAGCCGAAAUUGUGGGUGUUGUCAAACUCGCCACGAACUCGCUGGAAGAUCUAAGGGUCUCGGGCACUGCACGCCCAGUUGCGGAUGUUGUACGAAUGAGCGAGGAUUUGAGUAUUCGGCGGCGGAAAUAAAAUCCUUUGUCGACGAUUUCAGAGACCAAUUGUACGACGACAACCCAGCGUAUAUUUCUCAUAUGGCAGAGGUCUUCUUUUUGCUGCCAUCCGUGGACACGGAAGAGAAAGAACCUAUUGAUUGA